CACAUCCGUUACAUCAGCACUGAAGAUGGAAAUGAGAGGCACAAUGCAGGUGUGGUCCCCAAGGCGAGGAAGAGCAUGUCAGAUCAUCUGAAGAGAGCCAUGCUGGUUAAUGCAGCAGCUCUUUCUAGUGUCUCACGGACUGCAAUGCAGAAGGAGGCCAUAGUUACAGAGGAGAUCAGUGUUGCCAUGCAGGCUAUGGAAUCUGUCUCCAUGGAGAAAAUGGACCUUGGGCCUUUCUUCGGUCUUCCCACCAAAGUGAAGGCGCUGAUAUGUAAUCUCAAAGGAAUCAAAGAUUUAUAUGAAUGGCAGAAGAACUGCAACCUGGACUCAGUUCAGCAGAGGAGAAACCUCAUCUACUCUCUGCCCACCAGAGGUGGGAAAACUCUGGUGGCUGAGAUUCUCAUCCUCAAAGAGCUUCUAUGCAGAAAGAGGGAUGCCAUUUUCAUUCUGCAAUACAUAUCUCUAGUGCAGGAGAAGGUUCGGGGGUUGGCCAGUUUUGGCCUGGAGCUGGACUUCAUGGUGGAGGAGUAUGCUGGCAGUAAGGGCAGGUUCCCUACAGUGAAGAGAAGGGGAAAGAGGUCCCUGUACAUCGCCACCAUUGAGAAGGCCCACAGCCUGGUCAACUCCCUCAUAGAGGCCAACAGACUGGACAAUGUGGGGCUGGUGGUUGUUGACGAGCUCCACAUGUUGGGUGAUGGUAGCAGAGGAGCUAUCAUUGAGAUGACAGCCAAAGUGCUCUAUGUCAGCAAGUCAACUCAGAUCAUUGGAAUGAGUGCUACUCUGGGCAAUAUCCAAGAUCUUCAGGGGUUUCUGAGCGCAGAUAACUAAACUAAUGACUUCAGACCGGUCGAGCUGAAGGAGUAUGUUAAACUGAAGGACAGCAUAUAUGAGGUGGACCCAAAAGAGGAUUGCUUCAGGUUCUCUCGGCUCCUAAACCUUAAGUACUCCAGUGCAAUGCAGAAGAUCGAUCAGGAUCAUAUUGUUGCCUUGGUAACUGAGGUCAUUCCAAGCCAGUCGUGCAUUGUCUUCUGUCCCACCAAGAAAAAUUGUGAGAACAUGGCUGAGAUGAUCUGCAAAUACCUGAAAAAGGACAUUAUCCAGUGCAAGCAGGCAGAGAAGGCUGUGUUGCUGGGGGAGCUAAGGAGCAGUGGGAACGGCUCCCUGUGUCCGGUGCUCAAGAAGACUACAUCAGUUUUUGUGUUUUUUUUCUUUGUCUCCCUUCAGAUCACGAACAGCUUAGAGCAGGUCAUAGACUUCAUGGAUGGUACGUUGUUGUCUGUCCAGAAGAAACAGGUGUGCUUGGAGAGGAGCCUGUGGGAGGUGACACAGGAGUGUGUUGAGCUGUUGAAAGAGAAAGGCCUUGUCACUGUGUCCACAGAGCCACAGGAUAGGACUCUGCAGGUCACCAAGCUAGGAAGAGCUACUUACAAAGGCUCAGUGGAUCUGACCUACUCUGGGGUCCUGUAUAGAGACCUGUCUAAAGGCCUGGAGAGCCUGAUGCUGGAUAGUUUCCUCCACCUGGUCUACCUGGUAACACCCUAUGACAUGGUCUCCCAGUGCAAGCCUGAUUGGAUGAUCUACUUCAGACAGGAGCUGGAGGAGUUCUGGCCCUUCAAUGCUCUCCUGACUGAGCUGACCCGCAGGCUGACCUACUGUGUCCAGGCCGAGCUCAUCCCUCUCAUGGAGGUAGCGGGAGUCAUGGAGGGAAGAGCCAAGCAGCUGUACAACGCUGGAUAUAAGACACUUGCUCAUCUGGCCAAUGCUGACCCAAACGUUCUUGUCAAGACUUUGGAGAACCUCUUCAAGAAACAAGCCAAUCAGAUUGUUGCUUCUGCAAAAAUGCUGCUGAAUGAGAAAGCUGAUGCACUUCAGGAGGAGGUGGAUGACUUGUUAAUGAUGCCUCUUGAUCUCCCCUCUUUGUAAAUAUGUUGCUGGGGUGGAUUUAUUUAGUAAACAUUACUUUUUUUUGGCCUGGUGUGUUAAUAUUGUUUGGUGUAACAUAUUGUUUAUCGGAGUGCUAUUAAAACAUAAUGUGAAUCUCUA